AAAUAUUCAUAUUUUCACUUGAGCAAAAUAAAACCCCUUGUCCCCGUUACUCGUUGCGUGCUCAAACACAGAACCUAAACCCUAAAACCCUCUUUUUCUCUCUCGCAUCAAUGGCCGACUCUAUCUUAUCGAUUCAAUACCUCAAAGAUUUCAUUGAUUCUCAAAUCAAUGACGAGAAGAAUUGGGACUUCAAUGUGAAAUUGCUUCGUGCUGCUGGAUUGUUUGCAGGAUCAAUAGUCCUGAUGCGAAACUAUGGUGACCUUAUGGCAAUCUAAGAGUAGAAGACUCUAUUGUGCUGUAAUGAGUUGCUGCUAUUAUCUACUUAAACCAUAAUGUCUUGGCUGUAGUUUCAAUUUAAAAUGAGCAGGAUUAUUUUCAGGCUUUUGAUAAGCGAUUAUCAUGGUAUUUUCAAUUUGGUUAUGUUGACUUUGUGUCUCUGCACAUCUCCUUGUGCUGAAAUGACUGUUUUGAUAUGAAUGAAAUAGACUAUUUUCCCA